GUUCAUGAACACCCGGGCCUUGGCUAACUGCCGCUACCAGCCGACCUGCUACGAGCACGCCGCUAACUUCUACACACAUGCUCUCCUGAUCGUGCCGGCCUUCGUGGGCAUGACGCUGCUGCACGUCCUGUCCGACAACAGCUGGGAGAGGAUCACGGCCUGGGUCUACGGCGUGGGUCUGUGCGGCCUGUUCGUGGUCUCCACCGUGUUUCACAUCAUCACCUGGAAGAAGAGCCACAUGAGGUCCGUGGAGCAAUGCUUCCACAUGUGUGACAGGGUGGUCAUCUACGUCUUCAUCGCUGCCUCCUACACACCCUGGCUGAACCUGCGGGAGCUGGGCCCGCUGGCUGCACACAUGCGCUGGUUCGUGUGGCUCAUGGCCGCCGCCGGGACCAUUUAUGUCUUCAUCUACCACGAGAGGUAUAAACUUGUAGAACUGGCCUUUUAUUUGACCAUGGGCUUCUUCCCUGCAUCAGUUGUGACCUCAAUG